CUAGCCGGCCCUGCGAGGAAACGAAAGUGGAGGAGGAGGAGGAGGUCGUAGGGCCAGGCUCGGCGGCGACAGUGGCGGCCUGAUCCCUCGUCUCCGCUCGCCGGCAGCUCGCCCCAUCCCCUCAGCUAACAAUGAAGAGAAGAACUGACCCAGAAUGCACUGCCCCUCUCAAGAAACAGAAGCGGAUCGGGGAGCUGGCCCGGCACCUCAGCUCCACAUCUGAUGAUGAACCUCUCUCCUCUGUCAGUCACGCAGCAAAAGCAUCUACCACAAGCCUCAGUGGAUCUGACAGUGAGACGGAGGGGAGGCAGCCCUGCUCUGAUGCUUUCAAAGAUGCCUUCCCAGCAGACUCCCUUGUGGAGGGAACAUCUUCUCGAUAUUCCAUGUAUAACAGUGUUUCCCAGAAGCUUAUGGCCAAGAUGGGCUUCAGAGAAGGCGAGGGAUUGGGGAAAUACAGCCAGGGUCGGAAGGACAUCGUGGAGACCUCCAGUCAGAAAGGUCGACGUGGUUUGGGUCUGACACUGCAGGGCUUCGAUCAGGAGCUGAAUGUGGACUGGCGAGAUGAGCCGGAGCCCAAUGCCUGUGAGCAGGUGUCCUGGUUUCCAGAAUGUACCACUGAAAUUCCUGACUCUCAGGAAAUGAGUGACUGGAUGGUCGUGGGAAAGAGAAAGAUGGUUAUUGAAGAUGAAACCGAGUUCUGUGGGGAAGAGCUGCUGCACAGUAUGCUGAAGUGUAAGAGUGUGUUUGACAUCCUGGAUGGGGAGGAGAUGCGGCGAGCACGCACCAGAGCCAACCCCUAUGAGAUGAUCCGAGGCGUCUUCUUCCUUAACAGGGCAGCAAUGAAGAUGGCUAACAUGGAUUUUGUGUUUGAUCGUAUGUUUACAAAUCCCCUGGACUCUUCUGGGAAGCCACUGCUGAAGGAGUCGGACAUUGACCUUUUAUACUUCGCUGAUGUGUGUGCAGGCCCGGGGGGCUUCUCCGAGUACGUGCUGUGGAGGAAGAAGUGGCACGCCAAAGGCUUUGGGAUGACGUUGAAGGGCCCCAAUGACUUUAAGCUGGAGGACUUCUACUCAGCCUCCAGUGAGCUCUUCGAGCCCUACUAUGGUGAGGGUGGGGUCGAUGGAGAUGGAGACAUCACCCGCCCAGAGAACAUCAAUGCAUUUCGGAAUUUUGUCUUGGACAACACAGAUCGCAAGGGAGUCCAUUUUUUGAUGGCAGAUGGGGGCUUCUCUGUGGAGGGGCAGGAGAACCUGCAGGAGAUCCUCAGCAAGCAGCUCCUGCUGUGCCAGUUCCUCAUGGCCCUGUCUGUUGUCCGCACAGGGGGCCACUUCGUCUGCAAAACCUUUGACCUCUUCACACCUUUCAGUGUGGGCCUCAUUUACCUCCUGUACUGCUGCUUUGAACGUGUGUGUCUCUUCAAGCCUAUCACCAGCAGGCCUGCCAACUCAGAGCGGUAUGUGGUGUGCAAAGGUCUGAAGGUGGGCAUAGAUGAUGUUCGGGAGUACCUCUUCUCUGUGAAUAUUAAACUCAACCAGCUUCGGAACACCGAGUCUGAUGUCAACCUGGUAGUUCCCUUGAUGGUGAUCAAAGGAGACCAUGAGUUUAAUGACUACAUGAUACGGUCUAACGAGAGCUACUGCAGCCUACAGAUCAAAGCUCUGGCCAAGAUCCACGCGUUUGUACAGGACACGACCCUGAGUGAGCCUAGGCAGGCAGAAAUCCGGAAAGAAUGCCUCCAGCUAUGGGAGAUCCCAGACCGGGCUCGAGUUGCUCCUUCCUCUUCAGACCCAAAAUUCAAGUUUUUUGAACUAAUCAAGGACACUGACAUCAAUAUCUUCAGCUACAAGCCCACGUUGCUCACUGCCAAAACCCUGGAGAAGAUCCGUCCUGUGUUGGAGUAUCGUUGCAUGGUGUCUGGCAGCGAGCAGAAAUUCCUCCUGGGCCUGGGGAAGUCCCAGAUCUACACUUGGGAUGGCCGCCAGUCAGACCGUUGGGUGAAGCUGGACCUGAAGACAGAACUGCCCCGGGACACACUGCUCUGUGUGGAGAUUGUGCAUGAACUGAAAGGGGAGGGGAAGGCCCAGCGGAAGAUCAGUGCAAUCCACAUCCUCGAUGUCCUGGUGCUGAAUGGCAGCGACGUCCGAGAGCAGCACUUCAACCAGCGAAUUCAACUUGCUGAGAAAUUUGUGAAAGCAGUUUCUAAGCCCAGUCGACCGGAUAUGAAUCCUAUCAGGGUGAAGGAGGUAUACCGGCUAGAAGAGAUGGAGAAGAUUUUCGUCAGGUUAGAAAUGAAGCUCAUCAAAGGCUCUGGCGGCACGCCCAAGCUGAGCUACACGGGGCGGGACGACCGGCACUUUGUGCCCACGGGCAUCUACAUCGUCAGGACUGUAAAUGAGCCAUGGACCAUGGGAUUCAGCAAGAGCAGCAACAAGAAGUUCUUCUACAACAAGAAAACCCAGAAGUCCCUCUACAUACUCCCUGCAGAGUCCAUUGCCCCCUUUCAUACCUGCUACUACAGCCGGCUCUUCUGGGAGUGGGGAGAUGGCUUCCACAUGCGUGACUCCCAGAAGUCCCAGGAUCCAGACAAGCUGUCCAAGGAGGAUGUCCUUUCCUUUAUCCAGAGUCACAAUCCUCUAGGUCCUUAGGGUUUCCACCUGAUGACUGUCCUGUCAUUCUUAUGGCCCAGUGUCUGGUUCCUUCUGCCUCUUGGAAAGGAACUAGGACUGUUGUCCCGGGUCUUAAGGGAGAUGGGCUCUUCCCCAUUCCCAAGGAGCUCAACUGGGACCUUAUAGGAUGCAUCCUUGUGGACCUCUGCUGCCUGACAACUGACACCAGCAGGAGUGAGCUUUCAGAGCAGCUGCGCAAGGCAGGACAGGCUUAGUACUUGCCAGAGUGGUAUGCUUGGGGCUCAGGCUUCCCCUCUGGAAUUGGUAGACUCAGUGUUCUGAGUUCCAUUUACUGCCCCCAAGAGCAGUUGGGUCCUUGUUUUCCCCAAUUUCUACUAGGCCAGCCAAGUGUGGAGGCCCUCCAUCAUGCACUGGCCAGGAGCAGCUGUUGUACCAAUCAACGUUGUUUCUUGUGGUCUUUUCCCCACCCCAAUCCAAGAGUUUGUCCUGGCAGGUCGGGAAGGAGCUGUGGGGACUGCGUGUAACGGCUCCUUGAGUUCCCACCUCUUGUGUUCUCAGCACUGAGCAGCUCCAGGGGGAAGAGCAGCUCUUUCUGUCUCAGCAGUAACAGGGAGUAGGGGUAACACCUGCCCUCUAGCGGUCCAGGCUACCUGAGGUUCUUGGCAGAGCUCUGAGCUGGCGGUGGCUCUAGCUGCCCCUUCCUCUUCACUAGGAGGUACACACCGACCUUAGAUUUGUCUAUAGUCACUCCAUCUCCUGUCUCUCUAAGAGGGAGGAAUGGCAACAGCUUUGGGUUGGGGAGGGCACCUGUGGUUGUCUCUAAUGGGAAAUCUCUCUCAAGAGAUGCUCGUGCAGGCUCCCUAGGGCCCCAUGCCAAUGCCAGACUGGUUUCCAUGGAGAUAGGAUAUGGAGACACCUGUGAGGCUGGAAUUGACUCCACCAUGGGAGGUCCCUUCCACCAACCUUAAGCCAGCAGUAAGUGCUAAGAUGCCAUAGUUCCACCCAGUUCUGGGUCUAUCAGUGUGUCUUACAGAAUCUUGGAUCAUUAAACAUAUUUUUACUGCUUGUGUGGCUCUGUGCUAGGCUGCUGUUGUCCACAGUGCUGUGCGGUUGAGGAAGGGGGAGUGUUUGUAGACUACAAGCCUCUCCGGCUCCCGAGACUGCUGCCUGCCUGCUAGACAGGGAGCCCAAAGACAUCAAGGUGCAGUUCCUGUUUAGAGCAGGGACUGGGAGUGAACGAGCCCACCGCCCUAGGAGGGUGGGAAGCCACUUUCCUUCUCUUGCAUAAGCCACACAGUUGACCCCAUGGCAGCACUGUGACAGUCCAGGAUCAAUCUGUGUGACUUACAUAGUGAAGGCUUCAGACCAAUGACUGUCACUAGACAAGGGACAGGAGAAAGGAUCUUCCACUGACUCUGGCUAGCCUCCCUCCACAAGAGGCCAUGGUCUGCACUGAGGAGAUGCUCACUGGGUCUCCAUGAGCUCCUGGUGAGAAUUCCUUCACUUGAUCAUCACAUACUUUGGUGGGCUGCUUCCAGCUGGAUUCUGUUUUCAUGUUUCACAGCCUGUUUUGACUUGGUGGGCUCCUGAGUGUCCAGGAUGGCACUGUGUGUACUUGCUGCACCGCAGCAGGCGUUCUUCCUCCCUUAGGGCUCUCUACUGUGAGUGGAGCUAGGGUAGAACCGUCAGCUGCUCCUGACUGGCCUCCUCAGUCCCCUCCUACUCACUGGCUGUUGUCACCAUGUCAGUCUGGUCAUUGCCAUAGCUCUUGCUGGCCACUAGCACCUGCAGGCCUCCCUGGCCCCGCCUGUCUCUGGACGAGAUCAUUCCUCGUGCUCCUGGAACCUCCACUUCAAGUCAGCUUUUCCUGUGCAUGCUGCAUUUUCUUCAGUGGAUUACCACUGUAAUUACACAGGGCAGAGUCUGGAGCUGCAGAUGGCACAGUGCUUGCCCUCCCAGCCACUCCCUCCCUCCUGAACUGUACACAAGAAUUUUAGAACAUCCCUUCAUCUUUGAGACCAGAGUGCCUCCCUUGUUCACCCUCCCCUAGUCAGCAGGAAGUAUUUACUCACUAGACAGCAGAGCCUGGGGCUCUUUAUUGCCCCUCUACUAAGCAAUAGAAGGAAGCAGUACCACGCCCUUCUGCUACAGCUGCUGGGCAACCGAAGGGGAAAGGCCCCACCUCUGUCAUGAGCUUGAAAGGCGGCUCCGUCCCUGGUUAGGGAGUGGAGGGGAACUUGCUCGGCUGAAGAGGUCUGACUCACAUAGUGCAGUGAAUAUAGAGCAGGGCGAAGACUAUGAAGAUGGCCACCGAGAGCAGCAUGUUCUUCCGGUUCUCUUGUCGAAGCAGCUUUAGCUCCUUCUCUGGGAGGAAAAAGAUGGGAACAAAACAGAACAUUGAGGCCCACCUAGCUGCUUCUGCUUCCCAAAACGGACGUUCUACUGAAAAGAGGUGUCUCCUUCCAGCCACUGUCACCCUCCAAAACCUGGCCCUGGGCCCUGAUCUGGCCAGACCCUCAAAAUCCUUUAGCUAGAUUUAGACCUAAGAGCAGGCCUGACUUGCUUAACCACUUCUCUGAGCACAGCAUGGCGUGUGUGGCCACUCCCGAAAACCACUGCAGGCACAUCCUCUCAGCCGUCUGAAGGUAGCUCUGCAGUGCUCAUCUUUCGGGAGUCUUCAAGACAGCAGGGCCUCCUUGGGCUCACACAGUUCCUGUACUGCUGCUGCCUGAAGGUCCACCUGACAUUCUUGAGCUGCACUCACCAGUCACCACUGUAUACAGGUUCUACCUGCAGAAGCUAAGCUGAUGUCCUGGCCACCUCCUCUACCUGUGUAAUGGACUAAGAGGAGACCUGCCGGCCGGCUUUGGGCUGAGUAGAGAUGGGAGGGGACACAUCUGAAGAGCUCUCUGCAGGCCACAGUCCUAGCCUCAGGGAAAGGGGUACUGGGCUCUACCUGACUGCUUUCAGCACCCAGAAGGUGGCAGCAUUGCUCCACCCACAGAAUGCCUUUCCUGCCCCAAGUGAGGACUAUCCUCUACCAUUCCCAGUCUAGGUUGUUCUGGUGGGGUGUGGCAUGAGAUGCAGAAUCCAGUGUCUAUGGAUGUGGGCCUUUCUUCUGGACAUGGCCUAGACACCCCCAAAGAAUACAGACCCUUGCUAUUGCUUCCUCCUUUGGAAGAAAAAAAAAAAAAAGUCUUCCCAGAUGCCAGGACCAGGCUGACAAUAGGAGGGAAGUUUCUUACCAUACUUGGAGGCUUUGUUCAUGAGGGUGUUUUUCUCCUUCUCCAGAGACCUCCUGUGGGGAAGAAGUUUACAGCUCAGACCCUUUUCCUGUCUUAACAGGAGAAGCAGUAGUUCUUGUCUGUUUGAAUAAGGGGGUCAAAAACUAGGAUCCUAGGGCACAGGAGUUGAAGCUCAAAAGUUAGGGACCAUUCUGCCCUGGCUUAGAGGGUGGUGACUGGACAGAGGUGUUACCUGUCCUCAGGACUCAGCUCGGCCCGGUAGAGCUGGGAGGUCACAGCCUCUAGGUCCUUCCGACACUGAGACAGCUUUUCCUCUAGCCCAUCAAUCUGAAAGAGACAAAGGCACAGAGUUCCACAACCUUGCUUGACACUGGCACUUCAGAAGGACUCGCCUCUAAGUCCCCCCCACCCUCACCCGUGCACCCCAUGUUUGUACUGGGCAGGGCCCAGCUUUGCUGUUGACAGAGUACUUCAAGCUGAACUGCCAGGCUGAGUCCUGGGAAACAAAAAGUGGCUGUCACCUGCUUCUGACCCUCUGAAGCAGGCACAGGUUGAGGGUGAAGCAGAACCCCAGGCUAGCUAUGUCUCGCAAGAACAGAACACCAGUUGUUUCCAGCAGAGCCUGUAGCACUUGCCCUAUGGUGCACUAGAGGGAAAAGGCGCUGCAGAGCCAGUACCAGGUCCCAAGCGCUCCACGUGGGUGGAUGGAGUUAAAUGUCUACGGUGCCUCCUUGUAUAUAACAGUGCAGUCUGUUUUGUCACAAGAGACAGUUUUCUGAGAAUCAAUAAAAAUUGGCGAAACAAUGCAACUUAAAA